UUCGCCUCAAAGACUCGUUCAUUCCUAACAUCGUUGUGUUCACUACUUGACUGUCUUAGGCAAACAAAUGUAAUUCCUUCAAUUGUUGUUCUCUUCCAUUCUUUUGGUACUGUGAAGGAGGAGUUUCUUCUUCCGCAUCUUGAUAUUUGUCUACCUCUUCAUCCAAUUGUUCAAUGUAAAACAGAAAAAUCUGCUCGUUUUUCUUCUCUUCACGCUUUAUGUCAUGCUUUUGCUGUUAGCUACAAGAUGAAUAUACAAAUUGGAUUUAUUAUGGAGACAACUGAAUUAAUUUGUAAUCAAAAUGUAUUUUUGGAGUUUGAAGCUUUGGCAAGUCUUAGAAGUGAGGAAAAGUCGGAAAUAAAUUUUUCGAAAUUGGAAGAAUUGACGGGGAUGCGGAGGUUAUUUUUUACUUUUUUGGCAUACUUUAUCCGAUUGCCAGUUCCAAACUAUUUCUUUUAUAUAUCCUUCUCGUUGGGCUGAUUGUGGCUCGACUGGUACCCCUCUAAUACCGGAAUUGUCUGUGGGUCGAGAUACAGGCCUGUGAAAGUCGAAAACUAUAGGAAGACCAAGCUCAUUUUUAGGAGUCAAAAAUUCAAAUAUAGGAAAAAGGGUAAGGGUUCUU